UGAUAAAAAGUAAAAUAAGUGCUAUUCUAUUCCUUAAAUAGUGAUUGUGUAUCUCGAGCGAUUCUUAUCUUUUUGUGUUUCAUUCCUGAGAGAAAUGGAAGAUGAAGCGGUGGUUUUGGACUACUGGGCAAGUCCAUUUGGAGCAAGGGUAAGAAUUGCCCUAGCCGAGAAGGGAAUUAGCUACACCCACAAAUUUGAAAACCUGGCCAACAAAUCUCCUCUCCUUGUUGAAAUGAACCCAGUGCAUCAGAAAAUCCCAGUUCUUAUCCAUGGUGGCAAACCUAUUUGUGAAUCAGACAUCAUCAUCCAGUAUAUUGAUGAAAUCUGGAAGAACAAUUCUCCUCUGCUGCCCUCAGAUCAUUACCAUAGAGCAAAGGCAAGAUUCUUGGUUGACUUCAUCAACACCAAGAUAUAUGAUUCCAGCAAGAAGAUUUGGAUGGGAUCAGCAGAAGAUCAAGAGUGUGGGAAGAUGGAGCUAAUUGAGUGGUCCAAAGUGUUAGAGAAAGAGCUGGGAGACAAGCCUUACUUGGGGGGAGAGGAUUUUGGAUUUGCAGAUAUUGCAUUUGUACCAUUCUACAACUGGUUUAUUGUUUUCAAGACAUUUGCCAAUUUCAACAUUGAAGAAGAUUGCCCCAAACUGGUAGAUUGGGGCAAAAGAUGCAUGAGGAGGGACACUGUAUCCAAAUCUCUUCCAGAUCCACAACAAGUCUAUGAAGCUUACUUGGAAUUUAAGGAUAGGCUAGGAAACACAAAUUAGGUUAGUUUUUU